CUAGGACAGUUCCAAACAGCAAUCGAGUACCAUCAACGUCAUCUAGAAAUUGCUAAAGAAGAGGGAGACAAAGCGGGAGAGGCACGAAGUUAUGGAAAUCUCGGCAACGCUUAUCAUGGUCUAGGACAGUUCCAAACAGCAAUCGAGUACCAUCAACGUCAUCUAGAAAUUGCUAAAGAAGUGGGAGACAAAGCGGGAGAGGGACGAAGUUAUGGCAAUCUCGGCAACGGUUAUGAUGGUCUAGGACAGUUCCAAACAGCAAUCGAGUACCAUCAACGUCAUCUAGAAAUUGCUAAAGAAGAGGGAGACAAAGCGGGAGAGGGACGAAGUUAUGGCAAUCUCGGCAACGCUUAUCAUGGUCUAGGACAGUUCCAAACAGCCGUCGAGUACCAUCAACGUCAUCUAGAAAUUGCUAAAGAAGAGGGAGACAAAGCGGGAGAGGGACGAAGUUAUGGCAAUCUCGGCAACGCUUAUCAUGGUCUAGGACAGUUCCAAACAGCAAUCGAGUACCAUCAACGUUAUUUAGAAAUUGCUAAAGAAGUGGGAGACAAAGCGGGAGAGGGACGAAGUUAUGGCAAUCUCGGUAACGCUUAUGUUGGUCUAGGACAGUUCCAAACAGCAAUAGAGUACCAUCAACGUCAUCUAGACUUGCUAAAGAAGUGGGAGACAUAGCGGGAGAGGGCCGAAGUUAUGGCAAUCUCGGCAACGCUUAUCAUGGUCUAGGACAGUUCCGAACAGCAAUCGAGUAUCAUCAACGUCAUCUAGAAAUUGCUAAAGAAGUGGGAGACAAAGCGGGAGAGGGAGGAAGUUAUGGCAAUCUCGGCAACGCUUAUCAUGGUCUAGGACAGUUCCAAACAGCAAUCGAGUACCAUCAACGUCAUCUAGAAUUUGCUAAAGAAGUGGGAGACAAAGCGGGAGAGGGACGAAGUUAUGGCAAUCUCGGCAAUGCUUAUGUUGGUCUAGGACAGUUCCAAACAGCAAUCGAGUACCAUCAACGUCAUCUAGAAAUUGCUAAAGAAGUGGGAGACAAAGCGGGAGAGGGACGAAGUUAUGGCAAUCUCGGCAACGCUUAUCAUGGUCUAGGACAGUUCCGAACAGUAAUCGAGUACCAGAACCGUUCUCUAGAAAUUUCUAAAGAGGUGGGAGACAAGACUGGAGAGGGAAUAAGUUAUCACCAUCUUGGCACCAUUGUUCUCGGUCAAAAAAAGUUUAAAAGGGCAAUCGAGUUGUAUCAACGUAACCUAGAAAUAUCCAAAGAAGUAGGGGACAUGACUGGAGAAGCGUGCUCACUCGGUUCUCUCGGAAUAAGUUUCGAGUGCCAAGGAGAUCUCAUGAGGGCCUUCAUAUACUUUAACUCGAGUGUAGAGGUGUAUGAUGCCAUCACGGCCAGUCUUCAACUCAACGAUCAGUGGAAGAUUUCUUAUCGUAAUCAGCACCAAAGUGCAUACAAAGGUUUGUGGCGUACAAGUCUCAUUCAAGAUAGAGUUGUGAACGCUCUUCUUGCCGCAGAAAAAGGACGUGCUCAAGCUCUAAGAGAUCUUAUGGACACAAGAUAUCGGCCUGAUCAUAUUUUAAGGAACAGUGGUUCGUGCCUUUCCCUGAGUUCUGUUCCAUCAAAUACAGUUUUCAUGGCUCUCAAUGGACCGUGCGUUCACUUCUGGGUUUUUCUCUCGGAAGAUAAUAUUCAGAUGAGAAAAUUACAUGUGAACAAUUAUAAAUAUGAGGAUGAAUUGGAAUUUUUCAUCCAGUUACAGAACAAAACUGCCCUUAAGGAGAUUGGCAGAAGAGAUGCUGUUUCAUGCGAAAAUCCUUCACCUGGCUCGCCAAAAGAGGAGGAAGUUGCCAACGAUGUGAUCCGAGUUGAUGUGAGGUGCUCACAAUCAAGGGCUCUACAGAAGCUUCAUGACAUCAUCGUUACCCCUAUUGCUGAUCUGAUCAAAGGCAACGAGAUAACUUUUGUUCCCGAGGGGCCACUUUGCCUUGUAUCUUAUGCAGCAUUGGAGGACUCAGAAGUCAUCAUAUCUUAGUGAUUCUUUCAGUAUUCGUGUGCUUCCGUCUCUGACGACGUUGCAACUAAUUCAUGAUUGCCCAGCUGAAUUCCACAUGAAAAGUGGUGCAUUACUUGUUGGCGACCCAUGUUUCAAACAUAUUAUCUAUCAGGGAGGACUUUUGGUGCAACUCCCGGGAGCAAGGAAAGAAGUGGAGAUGAUCGGACGCAUCCUCAAACAUUCCCCUCUCAUUGGAGAAAUGGCAACAAAAGAAAAGGUGUUAAAACGAAUGUCAUCAGUAGCGUUAGUUCACAUUGCAGCGCACAGUAAAAUGGAAACUGGAGAAGUCGUCUUGGCACCAAACACUACCAGGAAAAACUCUCAGCCAGAAGAGGAAGACUAUCUAAUGACUAUGAAAGAUGUCCUAGAAGCUGGGCUGCGGGCUCGACUGGUUGUACUAAGUUGCUGUUACACCGCUCGUGGGGAGGUUAUGGCCGAGGGUGUGGUCGGCAUCGCGCGAGCAUUUUUGGGUGCCGGUGCUAGAUCUGUUGUGGUAACCUUAUGGGCGAUUGAUGACGAGGGAACCCUGGAGUUCAUGAGUUUCUUCUACGAUGCACUUUCUAAAGGCAAGAAGGCAAGUGAAGCUCUCCAGCACGCCAUGAAGUGUAUGAAAGAAAGUGAAAUGUUCAAGGAGGUGCAGUACUGGGCACCAUUUGUACUCAUUGGUGAUGACGUCAGCCUGGAUUUCAAGGAA